GACACAUCGGCUACCGUCACCGCCGCCGGAGUCCGACACUGAGCGGUGAGGCGAACAUGACUUCAUAACGACACACAGCCAUGUUUGGAACAUACAGAAAACAAAAGACCACAGAUUUUUCCGCCGGUUAGGUGAGCGGCCACUCUAGCCAGCCACGUGCAGCUCUGUUGCCAUGGAUGCCUGUGCACGUAUUAGAGGAGUCCCUAUCAGGUCCAGGGCCUCAGUCCGGAAAGAGACUGUGCGUGACGGUGGGCCGCAGUGUGUGAAGAGCCUCUUCAGGAAUAAGAAGGAGCUCUGCAGCGUUGGCCUAGAGCUGCCAUCCAGAGACGUCACGAGGCUGACGGAGAUUCAUUUUGUGUGUCUGCCUGGCCAAUGUGAAGGGGACGAUGUCACCCAACGGGCUCUGUUUUCUAUGCCAGCAGGGCUGUGUGAGCUUCUGAGGUCCCUCCACGUUCACACCUUAAAAAAUGAUGAGGUUCUGCUGCUCAAAGACUCCCGCAGGCUGGCAGAGCACAAGGACGCUGGGCUGCAGUGUUGGUUAAAGACCGUGUGUGUGCUGAGGCAUAAUCCCAGCACUAGUGUCUACCCCCAAGCCAGUGUAGCAUCUCUGGUGGGCUUGCUCGGGUGUUACAUGGCAGGCGUACGCUAUGCUUUGGAGCUCCAGGCUCUGCAGAGGGGCACAGCUGAGACCAGUCAGCCAGAGGAGGACGACACCAACCAGUCGGUCUCAUCAAUCGAGGAUGACUUUGUCACAGCCCUCGAGCAUCUGGAGGAGGAUGACACAGGAGACAAUCCCUCUGCAGUUUCCUAUCGCCCUUUUAAGAAGCGUGAUGUGGCAUCACAGACCGUCCCAGCCCACAAAAGAAAAAAGGAAUUAGCAGGCGCACGCAUUAUCAUAAGCUCAUCUUCAAAGAAGAAUAUAGGCAAACCCGCAUCUGGUCCGGAUGUGUCUGUCACAGUGCAGAAGUCAUCAGGCAUAGAAUCUCAAUGGACUUACUGCAGUCUAGGAGCUCGUCUCCCCUCGCCUUCGAUUAAUGUCAGUGAAUCAGAAGAUUCGGACUGCUCCAGCCCCAGCCCGAUUAUUUUCCUAGAUGAGGUGGGCUACCAGAAGAGUCUGCUGGCCAAGCUGAACAUCCCCCAGGUUCCAGGGGGGCCCAGAGAACGAGUUGAAGACUCAGACUCCGAAGUCAGUGAAUUCUUUGACAGCUUUGACCAGUUUGAUGACCUGGAGGAGCUGAGCUCAGACAACUGCACUCUUGCGCUGCCUCUGGACGCCAUCAGUGCCCCAACCAUGCAGAAGCAGACCAGUUGGUCAGCAUUCAAAUAUGUUUCUAGGGGCUGCUCAACCAAAGGAAUGAAUCCUCACCGCUUUGACCAUCCCACUCUCCCAGCCAAUGUGAAAAAACCCACACCUCUGAAGCCAGGCUCUCCCUACUCACUUCACUCUGAGGUGCCUGACUCCCCUCGACCAGUGCAAACCUCCUCUGAUGAGAACGGUGGCCCACUCUUUAGUCCCGUCAGCUCUUCAGCCUUCAGCCCCCUGGUGGACUCGAGUAUCCCGCUGGAAUACUUCUGGAAGGCAGAUGAGGAUGGACGGGAUAGCUCAGAGCUACGUAAACCCCAGGAUCUCUGCUCUCUGUAUAAGACCUACUCAGACUUUGCGAGCAGUCUCUCCAAAGAAAUUCUGGGAUCUGUGUGUGGCUACCAGUCUGCUGUUGACAUCAGUGACAACAAGAAUCUCAGCUGCGUCUGCCACAAAGAGUUUCAGAACCCAUCGGGCUACCUGAUGAAGCUCUCAGAAAUACAAGAGACUGUAACAGUGGCCACUCUGCAGAAGAAGUCCCAGUCUCUGAAGGAUGGCAUUCAGAGGUUUGCCACUGACCUGGUGGAGAUGAGCUUGGGCAGCGCCUUGCGAGACCUCCAAAAAGGUGUAUCCUCCUGUACCACCACCUUGUGUCACCUAGCUGCCAGGCUCACCUCCUCGGUGUUUCAAAUGGCCUUCCAUGAGAUUGGCAUGCGCCAUGCCUACGUGUUAAAAGAACGAGCAAUCAAUGGAUUAGCUGGCUUCCUGGUCGGAGAGGCUGUGUCUGGGGCGCUGAAGGAGUUCCUGACAGUGAAAAAGCAGAUUUUCCACAACACUGUGACACGUUUUGCUACUGAUCUGGCUGAAGAGCUAGUGUUUGAAGGUAUUAUGGAAGUGUGUCAGUUCUCCCACCCCUCAACCCCUCUCACCCAGAGUGAUUGGUCCUUUGGCCGCGGGCAAGAGGAGGAAGAGGAAGAGGAGGAGGUGGUUUCCUCCUAUGCUUCAGACUUGUCUGAGUCUGUUAUCCAAGAGGCCUUCAUAGAGCUGUCUCAGGCUGAUGUUGCCUUCACUAGCCAAGCGGCUAUUAGUGUGUCUCUGGACAACAUCUGUUAUGUCAGUGCAGAGAACAGUGGUGCUGAAACCUGCAGUACCUUUGCUAACCAGCAGGUUUUAAGUGCCAGCUCAGCUGCAGCGGUUCCUAGGCCUUCAGAAGAGGAUGCUACCUGCACGGUAAAGAAAGCCCUGUUUACAGUAUCAGGCAUGGCCAGCUGUAUUCCUGUGCCCCAAGCAGGCCAAGCCCUCUCCCACCUCCAGGAUUCUGAGGAGACCUGUCCGUCUGUGUCUAGCUUGUCAGAUAUCCCACAGGCCAGCCCCCAAAAAGUAACUGUCUCUUCCUCCGACACCACCACGUCUACCCAAACUUACCUUUACAGUCAUGGAACGCAGACCCCUACCCCAGGAGAAGACCCCUCCCAAGGAAAGUCUCCAUUCCAAAACUUCUCUGGCAACAUGGUGGACAUGAUAGUAACGGAGGCUUGUGAGCUAAUGACUGCAUCUAAGAUGAAGAAGAGUUUUGGUGACUGUGCUGAUUUCUUUACAAAGACAAUCAGAAGCAGAAGGGACUCUUCUUCUCAGCAAGAAAUGGGUCAUUAUGAGGCUCCAGAUUCCCCUUCAAAGCAGGCAGCUGGCUUCAGAUAUGACUGUAGUGAUUCUGACUUUGUUAGGACGGGCGGGCCUGUUGACGCAGCAAGAGACCAUAGCAUUCCUCACAUCUCUUUUCAGGCAGGCUCUCAAAGCCAGGGGAGACCCAGUUGUGAGGUAGACCCCAGGACCAGAGGUGUGGCUGAAAUGCAUCCUGUGAUGAUGGAUACUCUUGAUGUGCCGGGUACCGAGGUGGCUGGACAAAGGAGGAUAUCUGUUCCAGGGAAUGACUCGGCUCCAAGCUCUGGGCAAAAAUCUGGUGGGACUCCUGGCACUCCCCCUUCUACCCCUCAGCAGCCCAGUGAGAUGUCCAAGGAGAAGCAGAUAAAACGGUUCUCCAAGAAGCUGAAAAGCAAGCUGGCGAAGGAAUUUUCCCCUGCUACCCCCCCACCAACUCCUCACUAUCAGCCUGAGCCGGGCCCAGGGCCAAAAGACGCAACCCCUGAGGCAGACAAGGCUGAGUUUAUGCUCAAACUGAUGAGGUCUCUCUCUGAGGAGGCAGAUGGCAAUGAGGAGGAAGAGGAGGAAGAGUUGGCAGAAGAGGGGCGUGUUGGUGGCACUAACAGAUGUUUUGAGUCAGGGGGUGGCCGGCAUGAACUGAACCAGAUGUCCGCUCGCAGAAUGUCCAACAAGGAAGCUCUCCACUAUGCUGAGCGGUUGGCUUGCCACAUUGUCUCCAUGGCAACAGAGAUGGACACCCUGGGAGGGGCAGAGGAGGAGGGAGAGGUGAGCAAGGGCGGUGAGAGGAGAGACAGCGUGGCUCAGUUCUCAGAACAGACCCUGAACACCUUGUGGGUCUAUGCCGGGGAGGUGGCGGGAGAGGUCAUCAAUGAUGUGAAGAGGAUGGUGAGCUCUGCACAGCAGUGUCCAUAUCACAGAGAUCUCAGAAGAAGAAGCUUUGACAGAUCUAGUUCUGAAUGUUUCUAUCACCACCACCAACACCAGUCUCAACCCAGUACAGACCAGAACAGAGACUGGAGGGUAGGGAGGCUGGCUGAGCAAUGGUCUAACGACCUGAUAGCUUCCGUCUUCCGGUCUCCCACCUCCACCUCAAGCACCAUCUCCAGCUCUGGCCUGUCUUCUGAGUAUCCUAGCUGUGAGAGUGUGACAGAUGAGUAUGCUGGCUACCUCAUCAGGGUGCUGAAAAAGGAGGGAGGCAGUCGGGAGUUGGUCCUGGACCAGUAUGCGAGCCGUUUGGCCUACCGCUCCAUAAAACUGGGCUUGGCUCAUGCCAGUCGCAAGAUCAAGCAGAGAUCCUCCAGCACCCGCCUUCACUCGUCCAAGUCGCUGCCAGAUGAAUGGAAAGCCUCUGGUUGUGAAGCAUCCUCACCCAAGGAAAGAGCAGAGUCAGUGGUGUGUGCCUCAGGCAAGGACGCUCAGUGUAGUUGCACAGACUCUGAAGAGCAGAAUCAGAGGGAGUACGUGGAUCUGGUCAACUUUGCAGAGUCUUUAGCCUACAACAUCACCUGUGACGUGACACGCAAGCUGCAACUUUCCUCUGCACGACUGCCCAAGUCUCUCACUGACUCCUCUCUGUACAAGAAAUCCAAACUGGAAGACAUGGCAGAGAAUCUCAUCAGGAACUCCUUCUCUUGCCCCCUGUUGUCCAAGGAGGGUAAGAGCAGGCAUUACCACAGUACAGGAAGCCUGUAUGAUGGAGGCUACAGGAGUCAGGUGAUGCAGGUCAUCGAGCAUUAUGCCAGGAAAAUAGUUGACGACACUCUAAAGAUGAGCCUUGCUUCAGUCAGCCAUUCAUCCCGGGAGCACCAGAGGACCCAAGGCCAGGACCGAAACUCUCACACCCAGAGGUUGUCUGAGGGGCCAACACUGGGCCACGCAAUGGUGGAGAGGACAUGCCGUUAUUGUCAGGUCCAGGAGUGCCCGUACUGCACCAAACACAGCAGGCACCACCACCAGCCCGUAUUUCAGAGGAGCAAAAGGGGGUCAGAAGGUCAGACAAGGGCUGAGCGGCUGUCUAGCCUGGAGAUUCCUAAGAUCCACAUUGACCUGGACCACAGGGUAGUGUUCGCACAGGAGAUGGUGUCCACGGCAAUGGACACCGCUAAAAGAGAGUUGAGCAACACCAGCCUUAAUGCUGACAGCGGCAUCGGCCAUGAUGGAACCAGCUACGCCGAGAGCCUAACUGCUGAAAUCAUGACGUCAGCCCUGUCCAAUGUCUGCCAGACCGGCAACAUCAGCUUCCCAGGGAGGGAAGCCACAGAGUCCUCUGUGUCCCAGCAGCUGAGUGUUGGAGAUGACAGUCUGGGCAGCUGGUCCAACCUGAGCUUUGAGGAUGAGCACCCAGACGACAACAGCAGCUUCCUGCACCUCAGUGACAGUGUUACAGUGGUGCGUUACCUGCCUUCUCUCUCCAGCAGCAAUGGGAACAGCAGUAGCUGGAGCAGUCUGGGCCUAGAGGGGGAGGCGUGUGAGGAGCGCAUGUCGUUCUCUCCCUCUGACAGUGACCAUACAGAGGACAAGGAGACUGAGGUCAGAGAGGAAUCCAGCGGGACUCUCUGCGUGGACAAGACUCGGGUGCAGGCUCCCAGGGCCGCGCUGGUCGUGGUGAACUCUGAUGUCAGGGAGUUUGGGCGCGGCCCCCAACAAGUGACCCUCGACCCCCAGCUCAGGAGCAUGCUGCAGUGGGUGGCGGCCUCUAUGUCCGACAUCCCCCAGAUCCAGCUGUGUCCCGACAGAGAGCUCCAGCAGCUGCCGGCGGUGGUCCAAAGGCUUCGGGAGAAGAGGUGGCGGGCGGGAGAGCUGCUGCACACGCUGCUGCGCUACUGCGAGGAGGGCCAGGCGCACAGCCAGCCCCAGGCCAGGGACGAGGCACUGCAGGCGGGCAGGGAACCGCACCGCAUCCCCCUCUUCCAGUGGCUCCUGGAGCACGCCUAGGUGCUCGUGUCCUUUCCCCUCCACCCUCUCUCCUCGGUUCCAAACAGGGCUUUGCAAACUCCACGGCCCCUAGAGGGCGCCAUACAAAUCAACUAAUCCAUCUUACUCCGAUGAAUGUGGGCUGCGUGUGUUUUGCAUUUGCAUGCAGUGACCAAGCUUGUGUUUUAUUCCCCUUUCCGCCAUCUGUUUUUGUUGUUGCAGAUUAAUUAUUUAUCGGGACUCGUGUUGAUUUAAUGAGCCGUCUCUCCCGCCCACCUUCACGUCUGAAUUGAAGCCCUCACACCUCGCUGCCAUUGUGCUUGAGCUACACACAUCUUUUUUUUUUAAAAAGAGACGCAAAAGACAGUAAGCACUUCCCAUCUGUUCCAGACAGAAGUGCAGUGAGGUUUAUUUGUUAGGGAAUCCCCAUAGCAGCUGGUCGGAUGAUGUCAUCACAGCCACAGCUCACCUCUGUGGUGUUUCCACAUGUUAAGUGACCAACACUGAGCGCACACACACACACCACACCCUUGGUGUAUCUUGGGUUCCCUCUGAUAAAACAACACUCAUCCUCAAGUAGUAUUCCAUUGUUGUAUUGAUCCACUCAGAGUGACGGUCAUUUAGUUUGCUUUGGUAGAUUAGAUUUCAAUGAAAAAAAGACUUGUCACAUUUGACAGAUAAUGCUGCCACACACACAGAUUGACACGUCGUUGUUAACAUUUGCAAAACCCAUAUCUUUAGUAAAUUGUCCUCUGUGAUUGUGCAUCGAUGAUCAAAUGGGCCAUACAUUUAGUGGUUGAAUGAUAAUUAGCACUUGAUGAAGUUGCCUCUUGCCAAUAUUGGUGUUCCUGUUGUAUCUAAUAACUGUAACGCUGCUUGCCGAGCCUCAAUCUCCUUGGUUGUCAAACUUAGUAAAAAGAAAAAAAGACUGAUGUUUAGUGUGACGGCUGGAAUCAAAAAGUAUGUAUUUUUUUGAAGGUAAGAGUUUGUCUAGUCAAACAUGAAAUGCUGCUCAUAGCUCUGAAGAAAAAAAAGAAGAAAAAAAGCCAUGAUAUUGGCUUAACGUUGCCAAACAUAGCUGACGAAGUGACUCUCCUCCCCUCCGGUCAGUAGAAGGUGAACGAUCCCCCGGUCAUCUGUGGUCCGGCUCCAGGGAGGAUCCAGUGACGCAGAUAAUGGAUCUUUUAGUAAUUAAAGACGCUCUUCUGGUCUGCACCUCCGAAACCACAAACUAACAGCAUAUGCGUAUAACUCAAGCUUGGAAUGAGGAACUUGGGUACCAAAACUUCCAAACACACACACACACACACACACACAGUCUUGUUACUCACCAGCCUCCCCCAUAUGCAUCCACACGCACAGCACUACUAGCUGAGAUGCACUUUUUCUUUCUCCUGGCUGGGCAUUUCCAGCCCCGCCCUCAGCCCUCUCCUGGCCCCCGAGCGUGGACGGAUGGUUAACGUACAUGCACUGAACUCCCUCCUCAAGGAGAGAUUGUUGGAAUACAGCUUCCUGGUUUUUAUUUAUUUAAUAUUUUCUUUAAUGAAGGACCCGAGGAUGAUGUGACGCCUCGAAGUCCUCACAUUGAUUAUCAGGGCUUUCCCUCUCGAGUUUGAAACACUGUAAUAUACCAUCUCUUAUUAUAAACUAGGUGUUGUUGGUGGUGCUCGACCUGCAUGGCGGAGUCUUCUUUGGCCUUUUCAGCUGAGCGUUCUUUAUGUAUUGGCUCCCACUAAUUGAGCUGCAGUGAUGACUGAUGCGUGUCCACACUGCCUUGGCGUUACGCUACGGGCCCGCUGCAGAUGCCCUGUCUGUUACUGCUCGAUCUGCAGGCUGCCAAAUGGUCGUAUAAUCUUAAAGGUGUUCGUCCCGUAUGAUUUGUUUACAUGCAAGAAAUUAUUAUAUAUCACAAAAUCCACUCUUUUUAAAAGAAUCAAACCCAAAGUGAUGCCUACUAUUAAUAAUAUUAAUAGUGGAACGGUCAAGUAUUAACCUGAGAAAUGAGAGUGCAUAUAUAUAUCUUGGUUUACAUUAAAGGAAUGUAUUAAGAGUCAUCACUUGACACGAAGAGAGCGCAUCCCAGUGGACAAAUUCUCUCCCAGUGUGAAUGUUUAGUUGUUGAAGUAGAACUUUCCCAGGUUUCUUCUGUUGUUUUGUUUUUGUUGUUCAGGCCCCUCUUCUUUUUUGCUUUCUUUGAUCUACUUUACAUUCCUGUGCAUCCCCCAGUAACCUGUAGCUCUAUAUUGUAGUGUUUGUGAAAGCUGAAUGUGUACUUGCAAAAGACUCCAUUGAGAAGUAGAUGCUUUAAAUCUGUUUAAAUCAAAUAAAUAGAGAGCUGUACCUCACUUCCACUCACCUCUGUAUUUUUCCUGCUUCCUUGUAAAACCCUGCCAAAUGAAGAUAUUUAAUAAAUUAUGUAAGUUAUAUAUCAGAGUUCACUUCUUGUUCUUCCUACUGGCAUUGCUGGAUAGUUUACACAUUCUAAGCUUUAAAUGUGUUUGUUUGAAGCUUGAUGUGACAAUAAAGCUUUUUUUCAUGUGCUCUUA